CAAGAUAAUCAUGAAGUAACAUUUGAUCUGACACAGGAAGCCAGGACAUCUACUCCGAAAGCUCCACAUCAAGAGGUCUACAGGAAAGAGCCAAAAAUCAGUAAAUUCAGUGGUAAAGCUGACCAAGAUGUCAAUGAAUGGAUCGAUGAUGCCAAGAGAGCUAUUAAAAAAGUUCGCAAAGAGGAUAUCUAUGACUACAUAAUGAUGAAUCUGGAGGGAAUGCCAAAAAAGGAAGUCCGGCACCUUGGUGAUAAUGCUUACCCAGAGGAAAUCUUCACAACUUUGAAACGAGUUUAUGGUGGACACCAGACCAAACACACGGCACUACAAGAGUUCUUGAACACAAAGCAACAGAGUACUGAAGACAUCAAAAGCUAUAGUCAAAGAUUAAUGACACAACAAGAACAACUUCAGAACACCAACGAUGAUUUCCUGGGAAUGGAGGACACUUCGAAACUAAUGAAGACCCAAUUCGCCAGUGGAGUGUCUUCAGAGAUGAUGCGCCUCAUGCUUCACAACAAGCUGAAAGAACGUCCAAACAUCACUUUCACUGCCCUGAGAGAGGAAGCUUUCAUGAUUGAAGAACGAAUAAAGAUGAGACCAAUAACCGAAACCAAACAGGAACCAAUAAAGACUUCCUCUCCAGAAUCAAAAGCCAUAGAAGACCUGAUUCAAAAACAAGUACAAAAAGAAGUACAAUCUGCCUUUACCUCCGCAACAUCCGACAACCA